GGGCGCUGGCUGGCGGGCCUUUUCUGCCGUGGCCUCCCUCUUGGAGCAUCUUCCUCCUGGCCCGAAGAAGUGGCUGGGCCCUCGCGCCAGGCAGAAGGGCCGAGCCGGGCAAGGGCGCCCCGAAGAGGGCGUACGGAUCGCCUUCCCCCGCUGGCGGUUCGCGCUUUCUAACGGUCAAUAACAUUGGGAAGCUCAAAGAUUUUCUUCUGCAGCACAGGAAAGAUUAUAUUAAUGCCUAUAGCCAUCUCAUGUCUGAGUAUGUGCGAAUGUCAGACACUGACCGGGAUCAGAUUGACCAAGAUGCCCAAAUCUUCAUGAGAACCUGUGCUGAUGCAAUUCAGCAACUAAGAGCAGAAGCACACAAGGACAUCCAUUCCCCACAAGUGAAGCAGCACCGAGAAACUGUCUUGGAUUUCAUUGCAGACUAUUUAAAAAGAGUGUGUAAGCUGUAUUCAGAACAAAGAGCAAUACGGGUCAAGCGAGUAGUUGAUAAAAAGAGAUUAUCCAGACUUGAGCCUGAGCAAAGCAAUAAAUCAACACUAACUGCUUCUCUUGGAAAAACACUUGAGACAUCUUCUGAAGAAUUGGAAGAGAAGCCUACUUGUGCAGGCAACCGAGAGAGAAAUCUAAUAAAUGAGCGUGCUAGUUUUGGAUUUGGUCAAGAUAGCAAAGGAGAAGAGGAGCUUUCCCCUGAAGAAAUCCAAGUGUUUGAGCAGGAAAACCAACGCCUUGUGGGUGAAAUGAACAGCCUGUUUGAUGAAGUGAGGCAGAUUGAAGGAAAAGUAGUUGAAAUAUCUAGACUUCAAGAAAUAUUUACAGAAAAAGUAUUACAACAGGAAGCUGAAAUUGACAAUAUCCACCAGAUAGUUGUGGGUGCAACUGAGAACAUCAAGGAAGGCAAUGAAGACAUAAGAGAGGCAAUCAAGAAUAAUGCUGGAUUUCGAGUAUGGAUCCUCUUCUUCCUUGUAAUGUGCUCUUUUUCCUUAUUGUUUUUGGACUGGUAUGGAAGCUGAUCCUGGCCUCUAGAUCCUAAAACCCGUAGAACCACCAUAAGGUUUUCCUUGCCAAGUGAUACUGUAUUUCAUGCAUCAUUGUUGUAGAAAUAUGUAUAUAUCAUAUAUACGCACCUCUGUCGAUUCUUAACUCAGGAAUAUCCCAGAACUCACUCGAUGAACCUGUAGGCAGCAGAAUGAAGCUGGACAGCUGUCAGGAAAUGCUCAAUAAAAGUGUGGAGGUACAUUAUUGCAGCCAGAAGUUGCCAAAUGUUUCUGUGUGAUGAAAUGCAAAGCUCCUGGUUCCCAGGGGCAGGGGAGGGGGGGUGCUCCUGAUCCUUUUUUUCAGCCUGGGGGAUGCCACUUAUCAGCCCCUUCACUACUGGCUGAAGUUAAGGCAGGGGAUCAGAAAAGGUCACCUUAUUGGGACUGGUUUCUGGGUGGGAAUAGGAAAUGUGCACUUUCCAGAAACGGUGUGCUCCAACUCCCUCCCUAGUUUUGUCUCCCCUUUCAAAGCCCAAAUCCCCCUCUUCAGCUUUGGGGACCCAAGCUCAUGGUGCUCUGGGUCAGCCAGUGGGAGGCCGAGGGGUCUGGGCAGCCCAGAGCUGUGAGCUGCCCACCCUCUCCUAGAAAAGCCUGCUCCGUUGAUGAAUGUCUUGGCAGGCUAGUGCUUAAAUGCAUUUCAAGGGAUAUUGAAUAAUGGAAAGGAACAUGUCUACUUAAAAUUAAAUGAUUCAGUGCAUUUCAGUUUACAGCAAACAGUGAUUGUUUCAGACAGUCAUGUAAAUAAUUAUUAGAAAGGUGUUUUAGAAGAGGGUUUUAUUGCAAGUAGAGUGAUUGGAAUCCUUCAUUUCUUUUCCUCUUCAUUGCAGAAAACAUCUAUUUAAACAUAUUGAGUUUGAGACUUGAGCAUACUAUUUUAUUUUACACAGAGUGAAAAUGUCAAAAGUUACAUAUGAAUUUAAAUUCAGUAAAGUAUUGACUACUAGGAAAUACAAACAUGGUAUAAUGUAUAUAGGAGAGAACUCCUUGAUGCAAAAGAAAGAUUUGGCACAUAAUUUAUUGCUUUUUAUGUAUUCCACACAGCAGUGAUUACAUACCAAAAAAAAUUGUACAAUACGUAAUUAUAUUCAGUAUUAAAAUUUCCAAUGAAACCAUAAAUGACAUUUUCUAAGUAGACUGAUGCAAAAAAAUUCUGGAAGGAAAUAUAACCUAGAACCAUGUUUGUCUUACUACAGGUACAGGAAAAAAGAGACAUGUUGAUGAUUUUAAAGUGUGUUUUGGUAAAAGUAAUGAAACUUUUGACAUUCCACUGGGAAAUAACACAUUCAGAAGAACAAAAAUGACAACAAUUGUGAGCUAAAACCUAUAAUCAAGAACAGUGGACAAGUCAAGGCCAGAGUUAGAUGGAGUGUCUUCCUAGUGCAGUGCAGUGUUUUUCCAAGAAUCUAACAUCCUAUGAAACAUCACAAAUUAAAAAGCACUGCUGUCGUAUCACUACAGAGCUUAGCAGAGGAGAAGCAGGUCACAUUUAUGCUGUUCCCUUGUUUUAGUCCAAAUGGGCUGCAACCAUUGACUGCUUAUGCUGCAGGGGUUCAAGCAGCUUUCCCAACCUCUCUGGGAAUGAACCAAUAGUGAAUCUGGGGAAGGAUUUUAACAUCAUGAAUUUCAUAAUUUAGGAAUCAGUCAACAUAAUAAGUGGUGUACCUGCCAUUCUGAGUGCUCAGCAUACCUCAAGAAAGCAGUCUUGCCCUCCCCACCCACCCCCAGGUGCCAUUUCAACAUCAGAAUAGUUUGAAUUUGCUGUCAUUUGAUGCACUUUACUCCUCAGCUGGUUGACAUGAAAAUCCCACUGAGUUCAAUGGAACCAAUUUCCCAGCACAGCCUGAUAGUUAAAUAGUAGAAAAUGCCAAAGGAUGCUGCUAACAAAGGGCAUUUUACACUGUUAAGAUUUACAAAAGAGACAAUUCUGAUAACGUACAUACUUUCUAGUUGCCCAGAUUACAUUGUGGAGUACAUUUAAUUUAAAGAGUUUCUGCCUUGUUUAUUCCCUUAAAUCUCCACUACCCUUCAGAACAUUUUGUUCUUUAUACUCUUGCCCUUUAAUUAAAAUGCCUAAUCUAUCACUAAAAUUGUAUAGCUCUUGAAUGUCUAAUUUGUAUUUUGUUUGCACGGGAUUCUUUAACGUGAAUUUCACGAUACAACAGAAACAAUUAAGCCUGAAGAUAGUGGACCUAGUAAGCCAAAUCAGGCGAGUUUUAUUUCUUGGUAUCCACUUUGGCAUUGCAAACCAAUCAAUUACAUAACCAUGACUGUUUGGAUUGCAAAGCUGAUUUAAAAGGAAACAAAACACCAGGACACACAUUAAGAUGCAUGUCAACAAGCCCUGCCUGAAUUGCUCUGUCAGAUUCCUAAAUUACAAGAAUGUGCCUAUGUUCAAUGCCACUGAAAGAGAAAUUGGUGUUAAAGCUCUAAAGCAAUGCUGAUAUGCACUUGACCAUUAAUGGCCAACAUUCAUUUUCAUUGCUCCAUUUUGCAAAGCAGUUAUCAGCAACCAAAGCAAUUACACCAUAAAUUAUGAGCAACCUCUAAGUUAUCCUAACAAUGAGACAUUCCAUGAAAAC